UCACGUGACCGCGCGUCCCGGCGUCUUGGCUGUCAGCUGCGCGCUCCCGAGGCUGACUCACAGGCAGCAGUUUAUUUUUUUGGGGGGACGAUGGAGUUUCUCUUGGGAAGUCCGUUCGCCUCUCCGGUGGGACAGAGAAUCGAUAAAGCCACUGAUGGUUCUUUGCAGUCAGAAGACUGGGGACUGAACAUCGAGAUCUGUGACAUCAUCAACGAGACGGAGGAAGGACCAAAGGAUGCCAUCAAGGCCUUGAAGAAGAGGAUUGUGGGAAAUAAAAACUUCAAUGAAGUGAUGCUGUCGCUGACGUUAUUGGAGGCGUGUGUAAAGAACUGUGGGCAUCGUCUGCACGUGUUGGUGUCGAGUCGUGAGUUUGUGGAGGGGGUGCUGGUGAAAACCAUCCUGCCCAAAAACAACCCGCCAGCCGCGGUGCAGGACAAAGUGCUGAGCCUGAUACAGGCCUGGGCCGACGCCUUCCGCAGCUCCCCCGAUCUGACCGGCGUGGUCUCCGUCUACGAGGACCUGAGGAGGAAAGGACUGGAGUUUCCAAUGACGGACCUGGACUCACUGUCCCCCAUACACACCCCACACAGGAGUGUUCCUGAUUCAGACCCGGCUGUCAGACUCCAGGGUUCAGUGAGAGGGCUCACAGCGCCCCCUGCUGUGCCCGGCAGUACUGCAUGGGCCCUGCCUCCCCCAAUCGCAGAGCAGAGAGCCGCCCCGCCCCCGGACAGCAACCCAGACGGGCCAAUCACACUCUCCGCAGAGCAGCUCUUGAAGCUCUGCUCUGAGAUGCAGGUUGUCCGGGGGAAUGUCACAGUGAUGUCGGGGAUGAUGGCAGAGAUGAGCUCCGGGCAGGUGGAGACCUCCGACCUCGAGCUGCUGCAGGAGUUGAGUCGGACGUGUCGCUCCAUGCAGCGCCGGGUUCUGGAGCUGAUUCCCCGCGUGGAGAACGAAGGGUUAACAGAGGAGCUGCUGCUGCUCAACGACGACAUGAACAACAUCUUCAUGAGAUACGAGCGAACGGAGAGGAGAGGGAGAGGAGGAGAGGAGAGAGGGAGAGAGGUUUCAGACUCCAUCCCUGACACAAGCCCCGCCUCUCCAGCUGUCAUCCAAUCAGCAGCUGGCAGUACUGUGUCCGGGCCUCCUGUCGGCCAAUCAGCAGUGAGCGCUCUCUCCUCCCAGCUAGCCAGCCUCAACACGGGUUCGAGUCCGGCCUCCGUCUCCAGUACCCUGCAGACCCUCUCCACUGCUCCAAGUGUUCCCAGUGCCUCUAAACCAGUAGAGGAGGACGAGUUUGACAUGUUCGCUCAGACAAGGAGCAGCUCCCUGGCAGAUCAGCGCAAGGAGGUGCGCUAUGAGGACCCCCAGGCUGUGGAGGGGCUGGCGGGAGCGCUGGACACCAGACUGCAGAACACUGGCGCGGAUGACAUUGACUCGUACCCUCAGCCAGGGCCCGAAGGAGCCCCUCUCAGUCACUGGAUGGCGAACCAAGGCAUGAUCCCCGUCUCUCACACUCAUGUCAUGGAUGAUAUUGAACAGUGGCUCUCUGUGGAUGUG